AUGCACAAGCCUGGCGAUGUGGUUCUCGGUGGGCUUUUUGAGGUCCACUACAGCUCUGUCUUCCCUGAGCAGACAUUUACGUCUGAGCCAGAGCAGGCAAGCUGCAAAGGCUUUGACACUCCAGGGUUGAGGCAAGCCAUGAGCAUGAUCUAUGCUAUUGAUGAAAUCAACAAGAACGCCAAUCUGCUACCUAAUGUGACUCUGGGAUACAGUCUUUAUGAUAAUUGUGGUGCACUUGUUAUUGGAUUCAGUGGUGCAUUAUCACUAGCGAGUGGUCGAGAGAGGCAGUUUCUGCUUCAACAGAACUGUGUAGGAAGCCCUCCAGUCCUGGGGAUUGUGGGUGAUUCAUUCUCUACAUCUUCUAUUGCAAUCUCCAGUGUGCUAGGUUUAUACAAAAUGCCCAUUGUGAGUUAUUUUUCCACAUGUUCCUGCCUGAGUGAUCGGAAGCGGUUUCCAUCCUUCUUUAGAACAAUCCCAAGUGACGCUUUCCAGGUGCGUGCUAUGAUUCAGAUUCUGAAACGCUUUGGUUGGACUUGGGUUGGCCUGCUGGUCAGUGAUGACGACUAUGGACUCCACGUUGCCCGAUCCUUCCAAUCAGACCUGACUGAGUCUGGUGGAGGUUGUCUGGCUUACUUAGAGGUUUUACCCUGGGACAAUGACCAAGCAGGACUAAAGAUGAUUGUGGAUGUGAUAAAAAAAUCCACAGCUCGUGUGGUCAUGGUGUUUGCACAUGAAGGUCACAUGAUUCAUCUCAUGGAUGAGGUUGUGAGGCAGAAUGUGACAGGACAGCAGUGGAUAGCAAGUGAAGCUUGGACAUCAGCUGCUGUACUACAAACACCCCGGCUCAUGCCGUACCUGAGAGGCACACUGGGCAUUGCCAUCCGCCGAGGAGAAAUAACAGGGUUCAGGGAAUUCCUCCUACAAAUGCGUCCUGACAAUGACAACUAUGGAAAUAGCUUAGUGAGACAGUUUUGGGAAUACACGUUUCAAUGUAAAUUUGACCCAGCAGGUUGGGCAGAAGUUGGUGGAACAAGUUGUACUGGUAAGGAAGAUAUUGAAAGCGUGGAGACUGAGUUUUUGGAUCUUUCUAAUCUCAGGCCAGAGUACAAUGUUUACAAGGCUGUCUAUGCUCUGGCCUAUGCACUUCAUGAUAUGCUGCAGUGUGAGCCAGGGAGAGGCCCUUUCAGUGGACAAAGCUGUGCCACUUUGCAGACACUGGAGCCAUGGCAGAUUGUAAAUUAUUUGCAACAGGUCAAUUUCACCACAUCAUUUGGUGACCAAGUGUCAUUUGAUGAGAAUGGCGAUGCCUUACCAAUAUAUGAUGUCAUGAACUGGCUGCAGCUCCCUGAUGGAAGAACGAAAAUUCAGAAUGUAGGAGAGGUUAAGAGGUCGGCUACUAAAGCUGAAGAACUCAUAAUUGAUGAAGAUAAAAUCUUCUGGAACUUUGAAUCAAACAAACCACCCCGGUCAGUGUGCAGUGAGAGCUGUCCUCCAGGUACCCGCAUGGCCAGAAAGAAAGGGGAACCUGUGUGCUGUUUUGACUGCAUCCCUUGUUCUGAGGGAAAGAUCAGCAACAAGGCUGACUCCAUGGAGUGCACCAGUUGCCCAGAGGACUUCUGGUCCAGCCCUCAGCGUGACCACUGUGUUCCUAAGAAAACAGAGUUUCUCUCUUACCAUGAGCCUCUGGGUAUCUGUUUGACAACCACAUCAUUGUUGGGCACAUUUAUUUGUGCUGUUGUCCUGGGCAUUUUUAUCUAUCAUCGCAGUACACCUAUAGUGAGUUAUUUUUCCACAUGUUCCUGCCUGAGUGAUCGGAAGCGGUUUCCAUCCUUCUUUAGAACAAUCCCAAGUGACGCUUUCCAGGUUGUGAGGCAGAAUGUGACAGGACAGCAGUGGAUAGCAAGUGAAGCUUGGACAUCAGCUGCUGCACUACAAACACCCCGGCUCAUGCCGUACCUGAGAGGCACACUGAGCAUUGCCAUCCGCCGAGGAGAAAUAACAGGGUUCAGGGAAUUCCUCCUACAAAUGCGUCCUGACAAUGACAACUAUGGAAAUAGCUUAGUGAGACAGUUUUGGGAAUACACGUUUCAAUGUAAAUUUGACCCAGCAGAUUGGGCAGAAGUUGGUGGAACACGUUGUACUGGUAAGGAAGAUAUUGAAAGUGUGGAGACUGAGUUUUUGGAUCUUUCUAAUCUCAGGCCAGAGUACAAUGUUUACAAGGCUGUCUAUGCUCUGGCCUAUGCACUUCAUGAUAUGCUGCAGUGUGAGCCAGGGAGAGGCCCUUUCAGUGGACAAAGCUGUGCCACUUUGCAGACACUGGAGCCAUGGCAGAUUGUAAAUUAUUUGCAACAGGUCAAUUUCACCACAUCAUUUGGUGACCAAGUGUCAUUUGAUGAGAAUGGCGAUGCCUUACCAAUAUAUGAUGUCAUGAACUGGCUGCAGCUCCCUGAUGGAAGAACGAAAAUUCAGAAUGUAGGAGAGGUUAAGAGGUCGGCUACUAAAGCUGAAGAACUCAUAAUUGAUGAAGAUAAAAUCUUCUGGAACUUUGAAUCAAACAAACCACCCCGGUCAGUGUGCAGUGAGAGCUGUCCUCCAGGUACCCGCAUGGCCAGAAAGAAAGGGGAACCUGUGUGCUGUUUUGACUGCAUCCCUUGUUCUGAGGGAAAGAUCAGCAACAAGGCUGACUCCAUGGAGUGCACCAGUUGCCCAGAGGACUUCUGGUCCAGCCCUCAGCGUGACCACUGUGUUCCUAAGAAAACAGAGUUUCUCUCUUACCAUGAGCCUCUGGGUAUCUGUUUGACAACCACAUCAUUGUUGGGCACAUUUAUUUGUGCUGUUGUCCUGGGCAUCUUUAUCUAUCAUCGCAGUACACCUAUAGUACGCGCCAACAAUUCAGAACUGAGUUUCCUACUCCUGGUGUCACUUAAGCUAUGCUUUCUCUGUUCACUGUUGUUUAUUGGUCGCCCCAGACUGUGGACAUGCCAGCUGAGACAUGCAGCAUUUGGGAUUAGUUUUGUGCUUUGCGUCUCAUGUAUUUUGGUAAAAACCAUGGUGGUUCUGGCUGUGUUCAAGGCCUCCAAGCCAGGAGGUGGAGACAGUCUGAAGUGGUUUGGUGCAAUGCAACAGAGAGGGACAGUUAUGGUUCUCACUUCUAUCCAGGCAGCUAUUUGCACUGCUUGGCUUGUCUCCUCCUCACCAGCUCCCCAUAAAAACACUCAAUACCACAAUGACAAAAUAGUUUACGAGUGUGUAGUUGGAUCCACAAUUGGUUUUGCAGUGUUACUGGGCUACAUUGGCUUACUGGCCACUCUUAGCUUCCUCUUAGCAUUUCUGGCAAGGAACCUUCCAGACAACUUUAAUGAGGCCAAACUCAUCACCUUCAGCAUGCUGAUCUUCUGUGCUGUGUGGGUGGCCUUUGUCCCUGCUUAUGUCAACUCUCCAGGCAAAUAUGCAGAUGCAGUGGAGGUAUUUGCCAUCUUAGCAUCCAGUUUUGGCCUCUUGUUGGCACUCUUUGGACCAAAAUGCUUCAUAAUCCUAUUGAGACCAGAGAGGAACACAAAGAAAGCAAUCAUGAGUCGAGGUACCACAAAGUCAUAAAAGACAUUUUACAAUAAAAUGUUCAACUAGUUGAAAUCAAUAUCUCUUU